AUGUGGACGGCGACCAAGUUGGCGAGUUUGGAUUUGGAGACGUGGGCGGGGAUCAAUGGUCGGCCACGCGCCGUGACCAUGCGAUCAAACGGUCCGAAAGCUGGCGGCUCGCCGAAAACGCGGAGAAACCUGGAGUUGUUGAACGCAGCACAUCUUCCUGUCGUCGAACAGUCGGGGAUUGACGGGGAUGGUUUCGAAGCUUCGGAUGAGCUUGACGAUGCUCUAGCAAGCUCUCUUUGA